GACCCAUUUGUGCAUGGAAGAGGAGUAAAGCAAAGUGGUUUCCGUAUGACGAUAAAGAAAAUUCAUUUUAAACAGUUUAAUUAAAUAUAUUAGCUUUUACAGUUCACCUAAAUCAUGUUUAUACAGAUUGAAAACACUUCACCCAGCUUCAAAGAAUUUACUCUGGUUAUGCCUGCUGUAUCCGUGGGGAAUGUUGGCCAACUCGCGACAGACCUCAUCAUUUCCACCCUCAAUAUGUCUCGAGUAGGGUACUUCCACACCGGCUGCCUUAUUCCAAUGGUGGGGAACAAUCCUUAUGCACCAUCCGCGGAUAAUUCAACUGAACUGUGCACGACUGCAGAAGUUUACGCUUCGCCUGACUUAAAGUUGGCUGUGCUGCAGAUUCGGUCUCCAAUCAUCCAGACGAAGCGUAAACCAUUUCGUAAACUGAUAAUCUCCUGGAUCAAGUCUAGUGGCUUUGCACGAACUGUUCUACUGUCCAGCAGUCAUGCUUACCAGAGGGAUGACCAGCAGAUUCACAGCACUCCUCUCCGGUACCUUCUCAGCCCGGCCAUGCAGCGUGUGGUCGGCGAUGCACUGAAGGAGCUGGACUGGAGAGAGAUGGAGAAGCUGAAAAUGUUCCCAGGGCUCAGCGAAACAGAGGAAAGGCUCUACAUUCCAGGAGGGGGCAUCACUAAAGGCCUCUACACAGACUGCUGCUCUGAAGACGUCCCGCUAGCAGUGGUGCUGACCUUCUGCUCCGAGGGAGACAACAUCCCAGACGCCUUCGCUCUCGUCAGCCAUCUUAACGACUGGCUCCACCUGGUGGGCAAACCCAGCGACGCGCAGUGGAAAGUCCCCGACUCGUGGAGACUGCUUUUCGGAAACGGGAUCCCCCUGGCCAUCUUCUGAGGGCAGAGUGGUCUGACCUGUCCUCUCGUGCCCAGCGCCCCCUGAUGCUAAUGCAGGGAAAUGGGCCGUCUGCUCGCCCUGCCAAAGUAUCUAUUCAUGAGCCCCACAGAGACUGCCAUGAUCAUUUCCUUUUUAGAUGUUAGUUAUCAUCCUGAUAUUGUGGAUAGUUUUGUUAGGUACCCAUUGCCUAUUCUCUCCAUGGUAGCCCUGGUGUCACGGUGACCAUGUAAUGCACUUACGACACCUGUACACUCUGAAUAUAGAGGUUACAUUAAAAUAUGGGUAUUGCCCUUGAUGUUAGAAAGCAUAUGUUUGCAAUCCACCAAAAGAAAAUUGUAUUGCAGGAGUUCCAGUGUGUACUCGAUGUAUUUGAACAAAUACAUUUGGUAAUACAGUAAAUUUAUUGAUGCUGCAAGCACACAAAAACAACCAAAUCCUUCCUCUGAGUCCCUGCUGAUAUUUGAGUAUAUUUUGUAUGUUACAUUAAUUCAUCACCAAAAAUUAUUUUCAAUCCCUUUGGACCCAUGUAAUUAAUGCAUUACAACAUGUUGCUCUUUAGGUAUGUAAAUAAACCCUCUUCGCUAUUGCA